AGAACAGAGAACACCCUUAUUGAUAGAAAAGUUUGGAAUUUGCAAUUUUGCAUUUGUAUUUUGUUGUAAAUUGGAUUUAUUGAAUUUACACAAUAUGGAAGGCUUUGAAAACACACCCAACCAUGGGACAAAAGUUCCUUUCGACCCUGGCUGGAAUGAUCCACCUAAGAUCAACACUCAACAGAGCACACCUAAUAGACCUAGGAACUUUUUAAAUAAGAGAGUGGCGUUUCCUUUAUCAGGGACAUCUGCUAGCCCUGCCCCACCUAAUGCUCAAAUGCCACCUCUGCCAACAGCUUUUAUGCCACCUCUCAUUCCUCCAGUACAAUCUAUGCCUUUAAAUACUACUAGUGAAGAGGUUCCAGUGAAUAGUGAAUGUCUUCUGAAGGAAGUUAAAGAAAUCCUAUUAGAAUUCCUAGAUAACAGCAGUGAAUUGGGCCCAAAAUCAAAUGAUAUCAAGAGGAGGAUCAGUGUGAUGGAGGAGAUGUGGGUUACCGGGAAACUGAACAAUGCUAUCAUGUUGAGGAUGAAGGAAUUAGCUUGUGCUCUAAGAGAUGACCAGCCCACAGCAGCAGAUGACAUCCACAGAGCACUGAUGAUUGACCAUGUGAGUGCGGUGGGCACCUGGAUGCCGGGAGUGAAGCAUCUGGUACACCACUGUAUAGCUCGAUCUGAGCUUCUAGCAUUGGACAAGGAAUCUUAGUGCUAUAGCAGAAUGUGUAAAAAAGUGUGAUACUGUACAGUGUAUAAUAGCAAUGUAUUUUUAUAUUUUGGCAAUAUGUAAUUAUGUAGUCAGAAUGAUAUAACAUUUGUUUAUUUACCUCUAUGCCCAUUAAGCUUA